AUGUACAACCCGAACACCAAAAAGUUAGGUGAUGACAACGAUAUGAGCGCCGCAGACAGCAAGAGCGGCUCGCUCAAGCAUGGCCGCACCUCAGCGCCUGACUCUGAUGCCGAUGACUUCCAACCCCGAAAAAAGAGAAAGAGUGGUGUUGAUCGGCCGGAGGGAGAUGCUCCUGUCGCAACAGAGGACUAUACCGUGGGCUGGGUGUGUGCCCUCCCGUUGGAGAUGGCUGCCGCGAAAGGAAUGCUCGAUCAAGUUCAUCCGAACUUGCCCUGGCAGGAUCCAGCCGACCAUAAUAGCUACGUCUUGGGUCAGGUCCAAGGCCAUAACGUCGUCAUCGCCUGCCUGCCUGCAGGCAUCUAUGGCACAACACCAGCUGCCACGGUCGCGAAGGAUUUGUUGCGGACCUUCAAGUCAAUCCGGUUUGGCUUGAUGGUUGGAAUCGGCGGUGGUGUACCGUCGCGAAAACAUGACAUCCGGCUGGGCGACAUCGUGGUUAGCCAACCCGCUGGAACAAGUGGUGGUGUCAUCCAGUACGAUCGGGGGAAGGCAGUGCAGGAGGGAGAGUUGCAACGUACAGGAUCGCUCAACACGCCACCCCAGGUCCUACUAGCCGCCCUGAGUCGUCUCCAGGCCGAUCACCUGAUCGAAGACAACAGAAUCCCCCAGUUUGUAUCUGAGCUUAUCAGCAAAAGCCCAAAGACCAUGAAGAAGAAAUUCAGUUAUGAGGGCGCUCUCCACGAUUACCUCUUCCAAGCAGAGUACGAACAUGUCGAUCCAGACUCUACUUGUGAUGAGUGUGAUCACAAGCAGAAGAUUCAGCGGGAGGACAGAGAUGACACGGAUCCAGUCAUUUAUUACGGUAAUAUUGCCUCAGGCAAUCAGGUGAUCAAGCACGGAGAGACACGCGACAAGUUAAGCAAAGAACUUGGGGUGCUCUGCUUCGAGAUGGAGGCUGCCGGACUACAAGAUUUUCCGUGCCUAGUCAUCCGUGGUAUUUGCGACUACGCGGACUCUCACAAGAACAAACGGUGGCAAGAAUACGCGGCUACAACAGCAGCCGCGUUUGCAAAGGAGCUUCUUUCAGUCAUACCGCCAGAUAGGGUCCUGCAGGAGAAGCCUAUACCGCAGUUAGUGUCUGAUCCUCACCUUCGGAAUCUUGUUUCUAGUAUAAGUAAGGCCAUCUCGACACAGACGCAGAAGCAGGAGAUCAAAUACGAGAACGAGAAACAGCGUAAAUGCCAUCUUAUACUUAAAACAAGUACAUAUGAGAAGUUCAUGGAAAUCAACCCUGACCGAGUCAAGGGCACAUGCAAUUGGGUUUUAGAGCAUCCACGAUACAUAAACUGGCAGCAGAGCCGCCAGGAUGACCUCCUUUGGAUUUCGGCUGACCCAGGCUGUGGAAAGUCUGUGUUAGCUAAAUUCCUUAUCAAGGAGGAGAUACAACAGUCGAACGAGCAUACAACGUGCUACUUCUUCUUUAAGGACAACGACGACCAAAACACCCUCGCGACAGCCUUAUGCGCUCUUCUUCAUCAGCUUUUCGGCCGUCAGCCACUCCUUAUCCGCCAAGCCAUGGCGGCCUUUGAGAAGAACGGAAAGAAAUUGCAGACUGAAGUGGACGAGCUCUGGCGUAUCUUCAUAGCUGCUGCUACGGACGAUAAAGCAGUCAGUGUCACUUGUGUUCUAGACGCUCUAGACGAGUGCUGUCUUGAAGACCGACGAAAGGUCAUCAGGCUUCUAACGAACUUCUACAACCGGCAAACGACAUCUACGAGAAAGUUUCAAUUGAAGUUCCUAGUGACUAGUCGACCCUAUCAGGAUAUCGAAUCUGAGUUUCGCGACAUACCCGAACCUCGAACGAUUCGCCUUGCUGGCGAAGAGAGUAAUGCUGAUAUUAGCGAGGAGAUCAACCUCGUUAUCAGACACGAGGUAGCCACAGCCGGGCGCAAACUUGACAUGAGUCCGGAAGCGCAGACCGCGUUAGAGCAAAGACUCUUAGCAGUUCCGCAUCGAACCUAUCUUUGGCUACACCUUGUCAUUGACGAGGUCUAUCAAAGCUCAAAGCGGCGCAAGAAGGCUUUCAUAAAGGAACUUGACACUCUCCCAGCAACAGUAGAAGAAGCCUACGAGAAGAUCUUGGGUAGACUCAGACCUAGUCAACAACAAGAGGCACGUAUUCUUCUUCACAUCGUCGUUGGCGCUCGCCGACCACUCACACUCUCCGAAAUGGAUGUGGCGUUCCAACUGGCCACGGACUCAUCGGAUGCUCAGAGACAUGAGGACCUUGAUCUCAAUCGCAAUCAUAUCAAGUCACAGAUCAGGGAGCUUUGUGGGCUUUUUGUGUUUAUCAAUGAUGACCGAAUUUACCUCAUACACCAGACAGCGAAGGAAUUUCUCAUCACACAGGUUAUUUCCGACUAUUCGAUAGAAAAUAGUUGGAAACAUUCCCUCUACAGACCAGAUUCAGAGACGAUAAUGACGCAAAUUUGUGUUCAAUAUUUGUUAUUUGGGGAUAUUCAACAAGCGAGAGAUGGCCUUAACAGUGCGCAUUUGGCUGCAUUAAAUGGGCAUGGCGAAGUGUUAUCGAGACUACUCGCCUUAGAUGCCGCUGCUUUGAACUCAAGGGACAAUGAUGGUCGCACACCACUAAUUUGGGGUUCUUUGGAGGGCCGGCAGAACAUCGUCCAGACACUUCUCGACAAGGGCGCAGAUUUCAACGCACAAGGUGGCCACUACGACAACGCUCUUUAUGCUGCAUCAUUAGGAGGCCAUAACAGCAUCGUCCAGAUGCUUCUUGACAAGGGCGCAGAUGUCAACGCACAAGGUGGCCGCUACGGCAACGCUCUUCAUGCUGCAUCAUUAGGAGGCCAUAACAGCAUCGUCCAGACACUUCUCGACAAGGGCGCAGAUGUCAACGCACAAGGUGGCCGCUACGGCAACGCUCUUCAAGCUGCAUCAUUAGGAGGCCAUAACAGCAUCGUCCAGACACUUCUCGACAAGGGCGCAAACGUUUACGAUCACAGGCAAUAUGGUGCAUAG